ACUCCGGAUUUCCUUUCUGUAGACCUACUGUAUCAGAAUCUGUACUCCAUGGUUGUUGUCAGGCGUUGUUUGGUACUGUAGCCAAGGUAUCGGCGUUGGGUUGUGUUGUGCUGCGGUGGUAUUGUGAAUCGUUCUUGUGGUUUGCUGCUCGAGUUGUAGGUCUAGUGAGCGAUGAGGGUGGUAACUAGGCUUCGACCAUUUUUUGUGAGAGGUGUGUGACCUCUUCCAAGAUUCCGUUCUCGAAAUGGUGAUGCUCGUACGAUUCCGUCCUACGUUUCCUACGCUACCUCAGCGACUUUCUCACUGCGAUGUCUAAGCGACAAUGUUACAGCUUCCAAAUUACUUCUGUCUAACCCUGCUUACACAUUCAUCUCCAGUCGAGUCCUGGCCGUAGAAAACGAGCGGAGUCGCUAGUCCAGAUUCUCGCCUUUCAUCUCAAAACAAUAAACGCUUUAUUCUCUAGGAUGUUCUUGGUGUCGCCACCGACCUUUCGAGAUUUGAUCCUGAGCGAUUCUGGAGUGCUGCUAUCCCUACAGCUGCGUCCAUGGGAGGCUGUCUGGGAACCAGCAAGAAGCACCCGCCACAGCAAGCGACUUUAGAUCAGAAAAGCGAGGAUGAAGCCCCGGCCAGGCCUCGGCCCACUCGCCCUACUCGCAGUCGGGCGGAAGCAGCAGCUGCCGCGUGUCUCCCUCCCCGCUCACCCAAGCACUACUACCGGAAAACGGAUGACGUCACGGCGAGAACGAAUGACGUCACGGCGAGAACGGAUGACGUCACGACAGCAGCCGCUGGAGUCGAUCAUGGCAGGCAGAAUGGGUCGAAUGACGUCACGCCGAACGGAGAGCAGAGCGCUGUUGAGAAAAGGCCCUUGGAUCGGGAUGGUGCUGCGGGAGCUGUGCUUGCAUCGGGAACAACCCCAACAUCCCCAGCGCCACAGCACCGCCAGCAGCAGCAGCAGCAGCAGUCACCGUCGCCACAGCACCGCCAGCAGCAGCCGCAAACGUCGCCACGUCCCCAAGCACGCUCGCCUGAACCCACGAGAUGGCCGCCUGAGCCCCCGUUAGAGUCACAUUUUGGAAAAGUGACAGCCAGAGCGGCAGUGAGAGAGGGUGAAAGACGACUUUCAGAGGUGCCUGGAGAGGAAACUCGGGAGACGAACGUUGCUUCGCGAGGGACGAGCUCGAAUGUAGGGACGGGUCUGGAUGGGGAGGAGGGUAAUGAAAUGGGCUUUAGCAGCAGCCGUGUUGGUAGUAGUGAGGCUGGGAUAGGGCGGGUCGAUCUGGAGAAAGAAGGAGGACGCGUAGAGGAAGCAGUUGAAGCAGCAGCAGCAGCAGCGCGAGAAGCAGCAGCUGGAGCUGGCGCAGCAGCAGCAGCAGCAGCUGAAGCAACAGCCAGAGCAGAGGCGGGCGAAACGUCUCCGUCGAAGCAACGGGCCUCUGCAGCAGGAGAAGCAAGAGCAGGCGCAGGAGCAGCGGCAGCAUCAGCCACCGCAGCCGCAGCAGCAGCAGCAGCAUUAGCAGUAGGAAAAGUACCCGGGCCAGUAGCCGUGACGAAGCUCCCAGUGCCAGAGUUCUUUCCAGAUUCCACCGACCUCGCGGAUGCGUGGGUGAGCCGGCCGCCCAUCGACGAGGGGAAGCCCAUCCGGUGGCGCAAGGGCGAGCUGAUCGGUGCGGGCGCGUACGGGUGCGUGUACAUGGGGCUCAACCUGGAGUCCGGGGAGCUGCUGGCCGUGAAGCAGGUGCUCAUUCCGAGCAGCUCCACCACCAAGGAGAAGGCGCAGGAGUACAUCAAGGGACUGGAGGCAGAAGUGGCAGUGCUGAGGAAUCUGUCGCACCCCAACAUUGUGCGCUAUCUGGGCACGGCAAGGGAGGAGGAGGCGCUCAACAUCUUCCUCGAGUUCGUUCCUGGAGGGUCCAUUGCCUCGCUGCUCAACAAGUUUGGGUGCUUCACGGAGAAGGUGAUCCGGAUGUACACGCGGCAGCUCAUGACAGGCCUCAGCUACCUUCACUACAAUCACAUCAUGCACCGCGACAUCAAGGGCGCCAACAUCCUGGUGGACAACAAGGGGUGCAUCAAGCUGGCUGAUUUCGGCGCGUCGAGGAAGCUGGCGGAUCUGGCGACGAUGAGCGGGUACAAGUCCAUGAAGGGCACGCCCUACUGGAUGGCGCCGGAAGUGAUAAAGCAGACGGGCCAUGGCAGGCCGGCGGACAUCUGGAGCGUGGCGUGCACUGUCAUUGAGAUGGCAACAGGCAAGCCGCCCUGGAGCGAAUUCCUCUCGCAGGUGUCGGCCCUGUUCCACAUAGCGCAGUCCAAGGGCCCGCCCCUCAUUCCAGAACACCUCUCCCCAGAGGCCAAGGACUUUCUGCUGCUGUGUUUCCACCGUGACCCCAACAAGCGCCCAAGUGCAGCUGAGCUACUCAAGCACCCCUUUCUGACAGACAUGCCCUCCCCAGGGGCUGAUGGACUGACCACACCCCCUCGCUCCACCACCACCACUGCUACCACAGCAGCAGCAGAAGCAGCAGCGGUAACUGCAACAGCAGCAACUGGGGCAGCAGCAGCAGCAGCAGCAGUAGCAGCAGUGACGCCUACAAAAGCAGGAGCGCAGGCAUCUACAACUGCAGGCGCCCAACUCUCUCCCACUGCUCGUGGGAGGUCGCAGGGACCAGCUGCUGCUGCUGCUGCUGCUGCCACACUGACUGCCGCUGAAAUGUCCCUCAGUGACUUAGGAGAGGUACCUGCCUCAACCACUGACCCUCAAGCCUGCCCCUCCCUCGCAUCUACUCACAAUCGCCAGCACGCUCCUAGCAGCCCCCCGCCUGCUGGUGCUGACACCCCCACAUCACGCCUAGCUCACCCAACCACCCCCACCUCGCGCCUAACACCCUACAGCACCCAUGUCUCGCACCUAACUCACGAUAACGCUCCAGCCCAGCCUUUAGAAAGUGACUCGCCUGAUUCGUCUGCUGCCUUCUCCAUAAGCUCACUCCUCUCACUCCCCUUACCCACCCGAUAGAGGCUGGGGAGCCAAACCCGUUGCUGUCCAGAUCAAAGGGACCAGGGCCGGGGCAGGAAAAGCAGGGGCAGAGGCAGGACGAACAGGGGAAGGGAGACGGUGGGCUGCGUAUGUCAAGGGCUCACCUGAUGUCAGUGACUAGCACGGGAUGGCAGCCAGGAACCUUCUCCGAGCUUUCUGAUCUCUCCUUUCGAAGCGACUUCAACCCCAUGGAGGAGCCCUCUCACAACGACCCGCUAGGCUCGUACGUGACAGCAGCAUGUGGGCACAGCGGGGGGGGCGUCUCAACUGCCUGCACUGAAGACGAGGUUACAGGACCUCUUAGGGAGAACGUGAGGGCGGAUAGCGGGUCCCACGACGAUCUGAACAGUGAUUCUGUGGGCGGCACAAGCAGUGG